UCCUUGACAUCAACAAUUUAAGAAGUCUAAAACUGUACUGAGCAGAGCUCCCACACCCAAAUUACAUAUAAACCAAAAUAAAACAUGAUCUACAGCUUCACUAGUAAAACGGGGCGUAGUGAAUGGCUCAGUGGCUGCAGCCUGCAGGCAUAAUAAAACGGGUGCCGGUGAUAAUGUUGGAGAGAUAGCACAAAGGCCCAAAAAAUUGAGAGAAAAACCGUAGUUGACGUGGGUGGUUUUUAACCUUUGUAUGUGGUAUCUGCCACGUGUCACUGUCUAGACAAAAAAAAGAGAAAACCCGAGGAUUCCAAACGGGAGGGGAGCCGGACCCAAAACAUGUUUGGGAAAAUGCCUCAGUGGAGUUGGUAAAGCACCCUUGUACUGUACACCUUCAAAUGAACAGCUUUUGUCUUUGAGGAAGCCAUAGAGACUGAUUCACUCACCUGCUGCGGUGUCCUCAAUAGCAGUAAACAGUCUGUGUCACAGUGUCGUCCUUACAGGUACAUUGUUGUCAACUAUGUUCCACACCCGUUAACAUGUAUGCAACGUUUUCCACAAUUUUUGACAAUUAAUGUAAUUGGUGGACUUAAAAUGAAUGUUUGAAUUGUUAUUUUUUAUUAUGUAAGUCAUUUGUUGUAAACAUCUCUAGUAACAACAUUUUUCACAGCAAGUUUCAUGACAGGUUAUUAGUACUUCUGUGACACUACUUUAUUAUUCACUAUAUUGUUUGUUGUAACUCUAACCUUAUUGAUUUCUUUGAUUUGAUUCAUCUCGAGAGUUUUCCUUGUCUUAUUUGUUAAGGGCCUCAAAACAUGUUCACGUCAAGGCCACUAUGUCAGAACCACAAUUCUGUAGUAAACCAAGUAGUAGCUGCUAUUAUCAAAAACCGACCCUUUGAUGCCCAGCUCGCUGCCUCAACCACCACUAAACCAUGGACCGUGGAAUCAGUUUCCCAAGUCCUAAGGUCUAUACCGAGGUUCCUCUUCCAAUCCCCUCGCUCCAUUGGUCGCCAAAGAGGUUUCCGACACCGUGCACCUUUGAAACAACGUAAACUCAAAGAAGAAUCCUAUAAACAACACAACAAUGUUCUUGUUCUUGGCCCUGCUGCUCACAGAGACCCCCAGAAGGUCAGCUUAGGAUUGGACAAAGCAAUGGAGUUCUACUACUGGGUUGAGAACCAUUUUGGGUUUGCCCACAACGAGAUUACUUGUAAAGAGAUGGCCUGUGUGUUGGCCAAAGGGAAUAGAUUGAAAGCUCUUUGGGAAUUUUUGAAUGAAAUGUCAAGGAGAGGGAAUGGUGGGCUUGUGACCACCGCUACUGUUACCUGUUUGAUAAAAGUUCUAGGAGAGGAAGGGUUGGUCAAUGAAGCAUUGGCUGCAUUUUAUAGGAUGAAGCAGUUACAUUGUAAACCGGAUGUUUAUGCAUAUAACACGAUUAUUUAUGCUCUUUGUAGAGUAGGGAACUUCAAGAAGGCAAGGUUUUUGUUGGAGCAGAUGGAAUUGCCGGGUUUUAGAUGCCCACCUGAUACAUAUACGUACACAAUAUUGAUUAGUUCUUAUUGUAAGUAUAGCUUGCAAACUGGGUGUAGGAAGGCCAUUAGGAAAAGGAUGUGGGAAGCAAACCAUUUGUUUCGGAUUAUGCUUUUCAAGGGAUUUGUUCCUGAUGUUGUGACGUACAAUUCUUUGAUUAAUGGUUGUUGCAAAACUUACCGGAUUGAGAGGGCUUUGGAGUUGUUUCAAGAUAUGAAUGAAAGGGGUUGUAUUCCCAACCAGGUUACUUAUAAUUCUUUUAUUAGAUACUAUAGUGCAGUAAAUGAAAUUGAUAAGGCUGUUGAGAUGCUAAGGAAGAUGCAAGAAAGGAAUCAUGGAAUGCCUACUUCAAGUUCAUAUACCCCAAUUAUACAUGCUCUCUGUGAAGCAGGAAGGGUUUUGGAGGCCCGGAAUUUUCUUGUUGAGUUGGUUGAUGGAGGUUCGAUACCUAGAGAAUAUACUUAUAAACUAGUCUGUGAUACUUUGAACUGUGGGGAGAAGACCAACUUGCUUGAUGAAGAACUGCAUAAGAGAAUAAACGAAGGUAUAGAAAAGAGAUAUAUGCAAGUAAUGAAGGUAAAGCCAAUUAUGACCCACAAAGGAUAUCUUAGUGUGGUUGAAGUAUGACAUGGAGGAGAAAUGGUUAUGGUCCUGUGUAAAGAUUUUUGUAGAACAAGAAGAACUUUUGUGGGCAUUUGGGCAUUUUUCUGUUGAGAAUUCGUAUAGUUACAUUAUAUUUGUUUUCUAUAUUUUUGUUUGGUCUGGAUUGUAACUUUCUGUUUACUCAAAUUUUUAUAUUGUCUACCUACAUCAAAUUUUAGGCAUAUUAUUUUUAGUUUUCACUGACGCCUAUCAAUUCCCUGUAUUUUGAGUUCAUGAUAUAUUGCCUUAUAUAGUGUUCUGUCCAUUCCACAA